CCCUGCUGGGGAAUUCAUGGCCUCAGGCUAACAAACACAGUCGAAAAGCAGCAGAAAGCCCUGAAAGAAUUAACGCUGCUCGGCUCCCUCACGGACUAACAGCGUGGAGUUUCAUUUGUACGGAAACACCUCAUGACAGACAGAAGACACGUUUCCGAUCGACAGUAUUGUGAGGAUGAUUUUGAUGUGAUGAUGCCAACCCAGCUUUGACAAUGUAUGAGGUGAUGUCCGGUGACACCCUGUCCUGGAAGGUGCCCAGUCCACGACAAAAUGAAACAGAGGCUGGCCCUGAAGAACAAUUCUCUGGGGAUGGUGGACCUGUCAAAAUCCUUAAAGUGUGCUUCAGCACCAACAACAACCUGGGCAAGAAUUUCAAGCUGGUGAAAUGUGACAACUCCUGGCAAAUUAGGGCUAUCAUUCGUUCAAUUCUGGUCAGCGGGCGUUUAGGGCCAAACGUUCAACACGCAGGAUGCUAUGGCCUCAUGCUAAAGCACCUGAAGUCAGAAGAACUUCACUGGCUCCAUCCAGACCUGACUGUCGGAGAGGUGGAGAAGCGCUAUGAGAGCAAUCAUCUGGAAGCCGAGUGGAGAUAUGACCUUCGUAUCAGAUACAUUCCUGUGAAUUUUGUGGAAAAAUUCAAAGAUGACAGAUCGACCUUUGUGUAUUUUUACCAACAGGUGCGUAGUGAUUACAUGCAGUAUCAUGCCAGUAAAGUCAGUGACGGGAUGGCAUUGCAGCUUGGUUGUUUGGAGAUCAGGCGGUUCUACAAAGACAUGAAUGCAAAAGGUCUUGAAAAGAAAUCUAACUUUGAGCUGCUAGAAAAAGAAGUUGGCCUGGAACUUUUCUUUCCACAGCAACUGAUUAACAGCAUGAAGCCUAGGCCCCUGCGGAAGAUGAUUCAGCAAACAUUUCAGCAAUUUGCAACACUCAAGGAGCAUGACUGCAUGAUCAAGUUUUUUGAGACGCUUAAAGAUUUCGUCAGCUACGAUGAAGAAGCCUUCCCCUGUGAACUAGUGCAAGGCUGGAGUCUGUCUGUGGAGCUGGUCGUCGGUGGGAGAGGAAUUCGCCAACGCACACAGAAGGAUUCAGCUGCUGUGUUUUUAGCUGACUUCAAACAAAUUAAGAAAGUACAAUGCAUAUCGCAGAACGAUGGCAAGGCUCUCCUAAAUCUUGACAUAGAGGGCGCGAAGCAACGUCUGACCAUCAAUGUGGCCACGGUCGCUACGGCUGAGAACAUGAUUGAUCUUAUUGACGGGUACUGCCGCUUGGAAAACAACACAGAUGAAAGUGUUAUCCACCGACCAAAUAGAGAUGCCAAUGCAAGAACCUCCCUACCUGAAAUUCCUACUGGCAGAGAGACGAGCUCGCUCAGACACAGUAUGGGUUCAGAUAUCUACUGUGAGAUUGAUGAAAGGCCAAAAUCAGUUGUGAAAUACGGCAUCGACCGAAAUGACAUUGUUCUCGGCCGAAUCCUCGGCGAGGGUUUUUUUGGGGAAGUCUACGACGGAGUAUACAAAAAAGCUAAUGGUGAAAGAGUUAAUGUGGCAGUGAAAACCUGCAAAGACUGUUCACCUGACGUGAUGGAAAAAUUCAUGAGUGAAGCAGUAAUCAUGAAGAACCUCGACCAUCCCCACAUCGUCAGACUGAUUGGAAUCAUAGAGGAGAAUCCCGUGUGGAUUGUCAUGGAGCUUUAUCAGUAUGGGGAGCUGGGACACUACCUGGUUCAAAACAAAGAAAAGCUGACAAAUACAACCUUAGUGCUGUUUAGCCUGCAGAUCUGCAAAGCUCUCGUCUACCUCGGAGGGGUUAACAUGGUACACAGAGACAUAGCAGUUCGGAAUAUAUUAGUUGCCAGUCCGGACUGUGUGAAGCUUGGAGACUUUGGUCUAUCGAGGUACAUAGAGGAUGAAGAAUACUACAAAGCAUCUGUGACCCGAUUACCAAUCAAGUGGAUGGCCCCAGAAUCCAUUAAUUUCAGGCGUUUUACCUCAGCUAGUGAUGUGUGGAUGUUUGCUGUGUGUAUGUGGGAGAUAAUGAGUGGUGGACAGCAGCCGUUUUUCUGGCUUGAGAACAGAGCUGUGAUCAACCAGCUGGAGCAAGGCAUCAGACUACCCAAACCAGAUAACUGCCCUCCUGCCCUCUACUCACUCAUGACCCGCUGCUGGUCCUACGACCCCAGUGAAAGACCCAGUUUCACUGAGUUGGUUAUGAAGAUCAGUGAUGUCCACAAGAUGGAGAAGGAGCAGGAAGCGGAGAGAGAGAGAGACAGAGUGCGUUCCACCAAAUUUUUCGAGUCCAAGUUCAACAUUGACCCCCCGCCUAAGCCUUCAAGAAUGAAACCAGCCCGGUUUGGGAACACACUCAGUAUUGGUCUGCACAUUCAGCUCACUGAGGCUCUGUGUGCCAGCUCACCUGACCUAGCCAGCCCAUGUGACUAUCAGUCUCCUGUCGACUCCAGCAACACUCUCGCACUACCUGCCAAGUCGCCCCGGCGCCGCAGCAUGGGGGAGAACGAGUUUUUCAGAGUGGAACGGAACACCGAGGAAGACGCCCAGCUCCUGUGGCAGAGGGAGAAACACCAGAUACAUGAAACGCUCCGCAAGCAGAAAGAGCAGAUGAUGGAGGAUAAAAAGUGGCUGAAAAAGGAGGAGAGACUGCUGGACCCCAUGGGACUAGAAGAUACUGCCAAUCCAGAGCCGGCUAACAUCGAGAUUGCAGUGCCUGAGAAGCCGCCACGACUCACAGCAAAGCCUGCGCCCACAGCUGAGCUUGACCGCACAGAUGACAAAGUAUAUCACUGCGUAAUGGACUUGGUCAAAGUAGUCGUCCAGCUCAAGAAUGACAUCGCUGGGCUGCAGCCAGAGCAAUGCAUUACCCAUAUCAAGUCUGUUGGGAUGGCAUUAAGAGAUUUAAUUAGCAGUGUGGAUGAGAUACUGCCCACGUUACAUGGGUCUGUGAGGACUGAGAUCGAAGGCACCCAGAAGCUGCUGAACCAUGACAUGGGGGAGCUGAUCAGCAAAAUGCGGUUGGCUCAGCAGAAUGCCAUAACCUCUCUAAAGGAGGAGUGUAAGAAACAGAUGCUGGCUGCCGCACACACUCUGGCUAUGGACAGCAAGAACAUGUUGGAUGCUGUGGAUCAAGCAAGAGUCAGGGCCAAUUUAGCAAAGCCUGCUCCCCCCUAAAAGACAUUAGAUUUUUUUUUUUCAGUUUCACAUCAAACUAAAUAGGGACUUCUUUUUUUUUCUUAAUAUGUGAAAGUCAAAAAUAACAUUUGUGCAUUGUAAAGCAUGCAUUUUUAGUUGGAUCACAUCGAUCAAUCAGUGAAAUGAAUCCUGCAGCAUCACCGGUUCUUUGGAUAGCCACUGUCAGGUUAAUGAGAGUUUAGUUUAAAUGUGAUGCUACAUAUGGAUGCAUGUGUAUUUUUAGGUAAUGCAAUAAUACAGAAAUGUGUCAUUUUCCUUUUGCGGUCCCCUUGCAUCAUGUUUAGGAUGUCAGUUAUGCUAAAUUUUAAAUGAUAACUGUACCUGUGUGUGAUUGGUGAAGUGUUGACUCAGAUAUUUGCUUUGAAAGUUGUAUUUGUAAAUAGAAAAUGUGUUGCAUGGGAAAUGUUUCAUGCAAAAAAGAAAACACAUGUGAACAGUUUACUUUUGUCAGUAGUGAAAUGUAAAUAUAGCAUCAAUGGCGUUUUGUUGUCGUCUUUGGUUGGCUGUAUCGCACAAAGUCAUGGGAAUUAAAAUCCACCGACCAGUGAAGGAAGCUCCCAAAAAUCAUAUCCACGACAGAUCGACCUGGUUUCACUUAAAUCCAACCAAGAUUGUAGGAUAAGUAGCGAAUUUUGUGAACGCUGAAAACUGCCUUUAAAAUGACAAACACGAUGUGGAGCUUAAGCACAGUUUGGCUGAAGAGUCAUUAGGUGAUCAAAUUACUGCAAAUUCUGAGCCAUACUCUAGAAGGAUGAGUGAUUCUAGUGAACUGUAGAGGGAGGGGUGGAUGUGUGCCUUGGCUGGAUGAGAUAAAAAUGACCAUAUUAAAAGGUUAGUUGGCCAUUUAAGUGGCAUGACUCACACUAAACCAAUGAACUAAAGAGCACAGUAUUAUCCUCACAAAGACCCAGCAAUUCAUUGUUGUCCUCUGUUAGGGACAUGAGUCUGAGACCUCUGCAUCAACCACAAUUUAUGCAUCUGAGUCAUACUGUAGUGUCAAGAGGACAUACUGGGAUUUCUAUUGCUGGCACAUAUGUCGGGGUUGGGUUAACAGAGCGCAUGGACUUUCUUUUCAAAAUGAUGGGCAUUGCAGCUCCAGAUUUAUUUAAGGGAGAUUAAAUGAUACGAUAUAUACACACACAUAUAAUUCUUUGAUUUAGUUGGAUUUCAUAAUUUUAACACUUUCAAAACAGAACUUUCAUUCCCAGUCCUUUGUAGUGGACAGUAGGACUUACCAACUUCCAUUUAUAAGUGAGACGAAGAGAAUUUUACCCAAAAUUGUAGACAGGGUCUCAGGCGCAUAGCUGUCUGGGGAUGAAGUGUAGGAGGGCCAGGUAUUAAAGCAGAAAGGUGAAAGUUCAAAGCACCUACCAGCAUUCGAGAAGCGUCACUGUCCAGUUUUACAUCGCCACAGACUGAGGUUGCCAACCAAAGAAGAAUCAACAGAUAUAUUUCAAGACAAAGAUUAAACUAUUUGGCCACAAAAGCAAGAGGUAUUUUUGGAGGCAUCAAGGUGAGGCUUUUCAAACCUAACGACACUGCAUCAACUGUCAAGCAUGGUGGUGGUAGUAUCAUGCUCUGUAGCUGUUUUGUUGCCAGUGGUACUGGUGUGUUGCGCAAAAUGGAUAGCCAAAUGAAGGGGGAUUACCUCAAAAUCCAUUAAUCCGCUAGACCAGUGGUUCUUAACCUGGGUUUGAUUGAACCCUAGGGGUUCGGUGAGUCGGUCUCAGGGGUUCGGCAGAGCCUCUGCCGUGACAUGCAUGGCUCAUUUUGUGCACCAGUAAAAAAACAUCUAUGUCUUGAAUUU